AACGAAUCCGACCAGCUGGCGAGGAGACGUCGGUGAACGGGCAGGAAAACUUCAUCCCUGUGUGUUUUCGGCGAUAACGCGCGAUAUCUCGGUUAAUCUCGGUUAAAGGUUGGGACUCGCAGCGAGACAGCCCCCCAUUCGCAUUGGCGUGGCACGCUGGCCGUGUAAUAAACGCUGCUGUCCACGAUGAGGGCGAGAUUUUUUUUUUUUUUUUCGGUUCCCCGUCGAAGGAUUUGCGUGGGCAAACACUGUGGGUAAUCGGUCGCGAGGAGGGUGCGCUAGGCGCGUCGCUUCGCAUCGUGGAGGCAGCGUUACGCGUCUUACGACCGUGUCUCACCUGACCGUACCUUAUCGCUGGAAUCCCGUGUGUGUGCUCUGUGUAAGUAUGACGACACCCUCUGCUCUCGAAACGAGCGCUCUCGCUGUUUUCCAUGAUAACGCGUCGCGAUCCACAUAGAACAGCUACGAGAGCGGCGUUAAGUAAACGAAUCCCUUUUCGUUUGGUCGUCACGAAAAAUAUCACCGCCACGGGGCAAUAAACGGUCCCGACGCCUCUUCUAUAUCAUUCUCGUCCUUUCCUCCUCUCCGUUGGCUCGCGCGUUUGCUUUCCCUACGGCAUCGCGAAGAGGAGAAGGGUUGCUCGGUGAACGGCGCCGAUUGGACGCGCGCGGGAGGGCUCGUCGUCGCCGAUACCAAAAUGGUGGCGAGCGACAAAACCGCGAGGGAAAUAAGCGAUCGAUCGCUCGGGCGACGAAGGUUUUUUGCCUUCGCUCGCCUAAUCGUGCUCGGUCAAUAUUUAACUCGCGCGGUUUUUCCAUUCUCUCUCACUCACACUCUCUUCUCUCUGUUCCUCUCAGUUCCAGACCCCGUUCCCUCUGCCCCGAUGGUCGUCGCUCCAGGAUCGAAGCUUCGGUGCGACGCUACCAGGCGGCAGCCGACCCGAAACGUCGACGCACCACACCUUGGCAGCGCACCUGUGUCAAGCCGCGCAGCACCGCGCCACGCUCUCGCCACCUUUGCUCCGCAAUCGUAAACGCGUUGGCCUCGUCAACGCGAGUCGAGCGUCGACCGUCGACGCGACACUAAUCACAGCCCACGCUCAUCGAUACCGCCGUCGUCGUCGUCGUCUUCGCCGAUCGCUAUCCAAACAACAUCCAACGAGACACGCACUCCUCUUGGCGAACUCGUCACGGACUGCGAUGAAGGAGACGUUGGUGAAGCAAGAGAUCAAGCGGGAAUGGGAGAACGAUCGCGCCGAGGAGAGUUCACCUCGGAUGAUGGCGAACGAGGAACAACCGACGUCGGAGAGUCCGCGAUCGGUGAUCACUAGCAGGAGACACGUGCGAACCAUCACCACGACCGGACACAUCACCGAGACGGUUCCCGAGUCGGAACCGAACUCUCCGGAUGGGAAUUUACAGCUUCAGUCGCAACGGGCGCGAUCGCGCGGUUACCAAGAGGAGCUUCAACAGGAUCCCGGGUGCAAGCAAACCGCGCAACAUUACGUGCAAAUCUCUCAGCAAGACGUGGACGCUCAGUCCAGGCAGCAACAGCAACAACGUUCCAACGAGCAACGCGUUGUUUAUUUAACGAGCAACGGCCAGGAGGUGGUGCAAGUCGAGGUACCGGAGAACGUCGAUCCAAACGCGUCAGCGAAAGAGGUGGCCAGGUACGAGACCCUCGGCUCGGACAGGACCUACAGUUACUCGAACGACGAGCAACAGCAGUUGCGACGGGAGGAGCACGGGAUCGUUGUUCAGUCGCAGCAAGACAGGCGACCUCAGUCGGUCGGACACCAGAGGUACAGUCCGCGCGAAGGAGGCCGGACAAACGGCGGAAAUGAUGGAAACGAAGGAUCGGAAGCGGCAGGAACGUACCAGCAAAGUUCCCCGGUGCUGGUACCGAACAGCGAGGAAUACGAGAGCGGUCCGAUAGUGUCCCAGGCCGCUGCGGCCGCGGCGACUGUCAGCGUCCAGUUAGGUUCGCCCGCGACCCCUUACUCUCCGCCGAUCGGCGCCGACGGCAUCCGCGCCUCGGUCAAUCAACAGCAGCAAUCCACGCAACAGCAGCAACAGCAUCAUCAAUUGGUGACAGGGUACGCGGAUACCGGUGCCAGUGUGAAAUACACCGGAACGAGUAUAAAGUACGACUCGGCCGCUGCCGCAGCCGCGGCGGCAGUCGCGGCCGCCGUCGCUGGUGAUAACAUCAAAGUGUCCAGCACAUAUACUACUCUCGAAACUGUGCCGAUACCACCCUCGCCGACCGUCCAGUACCCUCAAUACAUGCCCGGUAGCGAAAGCUUCCAGCAAGGACCGACGUACACUUAUUCCAAAUCCGGCGACCAGGUGAUCCUCGCGUACCCGUCGCCCGGUCAGCUGGGCUCCCGAGUGUCAGGGGUGGAGUCCAUCGGGAACGCGUAUAUCAAGGGCGACCCGACUCUGGCCUCCUCCCUGGGGACACCUCGCAGCGUUCCGUCUAUGCACUACGAGCAACCCGCCUCCCCCGGAUCUCAGGUAACGCUAUAUGGUAGCGCGGGCGUUUCCUACGCUUACCCGAAGCCCACCGCCUCCGGGGAUUACUGGUCCGCCGCCGGAACUCCAUCGCCGCCGACGUUCGAGUGCGUCCAGGGCUACCAGGCGGUCACCACCAUCGUCAGCGAUGCUGCCAAUGUACAGCUAUACCCAGGUAGCUACAGUCUGUCUACCGGUGGUACUUCAACACCCUGGACGGGAUUACCUCUUGCCGGACCGGACGAGAUCUGCGACGACACUAUGAUGACCAGCGAACCGAAAGAGUGCUACAUCUGCGCCAGCCUCACCACCAUCUGGAGGAGGGACGACGCUGGUCAUUACUUCUGUCACGGGUGUCUCUAUAGUAAAAUGAACGGAGUGUCCAGGCCGUCCAUGAGAUGCGGGAAACCGAAACAACCAGUCGCAUCGUCGGGCGUGCGAAGGACGGGGGUGCAGUGCGCGAACUGCAGGACCAGCAACACCACCCUUUGGCGGCGAAACAACAACGGCGAGCCGGUAUGCAACGCGUGCGGUCUCUACUUCAAGCUGCACAACGUAAACAGGCCGUUGAGCAUGAAGAAGGAGGGAAUACAGACGAGAAAACGGAAGCCGAAGAAUCACUCGGGAAUGAGCGGAAACUUGGCCGGGCCGAGCGGCAUGCACAAGACCGAGAUCAAGUCUGGCCUACUCGGGGAGCAGGUGCAGUUGAAAAUGUACGGUAACGGUGGUAGUGGGAACGGGGGCGGGCUGGGGGUGGUGGUCGAGACCGGGAAUCCUGGGAGCGAGUUCGGCGCCGAGGCUCGGACAGGAAUGGAGAACGGAAGCGGUUGCGUGGGUGGGAACGGAGAACCGGAGAAUCGCUGUCCGCCCGUAGGUACACCGACCGCCACGCAAUUGGGCCACGCGCACUCGCCCCUCGCUUUACCCACUGCCGCCGUCCUCAAUCGACAGACCAUUCUUACCGUACCACCUUUAGAGCCAACCGCUAGUCAAUCCGGUGGCGAUCUCAUCUCGGUCAUAACGUCCACCACGGCGGAGCACGCCAAGAGAACGUAAAAAGGGGAAGACGAAGGAAAGUACAACGGGACCCUGGACGAAGGUGCACUAUUUACCGACCGGCGCUAGCGUCGCGUUCCGAUUCCAAAAUCGUCGCUCACGUCGGAAUCCGUUGGACUCCUUCGAAGUUUUAUCGACCAAAGACUCUUUCUUCUUCGUUUUCGCCGGUACACAGACGGGGAAUUUUCUGUUUCGAAAGGUUCUCUUAUCGAACGGAAACGAGAAACCGAUUCAUCCGCGUUUAAGUUUUAGUCGCAAUUUCGAGUACCUUUCUCUUCUGUUUAGAUCGCAUGGUAAAUGUCGCGCCAGGUACGUCGGAAUUCUAUUUUAUCGACGGUAGGUGUCUUCGCUAUACUGUUUCGCCCUCUACAGGCGGAAUAAAGAAGCGCUUUAUUUUCUUCCUCUUUCCUCUCUCCUCUCUCUCACUCUCUCUCUCUGUCCACCUUCCUUCCUUUCUUUCCACUUUUCCUUAGAAGUGUAAGCGCGUUGAAUCGUCGUCCUGGCACGUACCAGAAACACGCAGCGGAUAAUCCAAGGCUGCCUUCCUUUGCGUAUUAAACGAAUAUAUGUAUAUAGAAUGUAACUGAAACACGGUGCACCAGGAGCACGCGCGUACAGGUGUGUACGGAUGGUGCACCUUGGUAUCGAGGUAAAAAAUGUACGCGCGUUUCAGGAAAGCAAACGCGCAAAGUAUUUAUUUCUAGCCCUAUUAAAGAAACGCACGCGUUCGUUAAGCUCGUACGAUGUUAUCGUACGAAAGAAACUUAUUUUGUAGAGGCUUUUCUUUUUUCGGAGCUGAAUAAAACGAAUCGACGAGCUGUGUUUCGAA